AUUCCACAAAUAGCCCCUAUCGGUUGAUUAAGUUUAUUUAUUAUCUUCUCAAUUACUUUUAUUUUGUUUAGUAUAAUAAAUUAUUAUUCUGUACUUCCACAAACCCCUAAAUCUCAAAUCUCAAAGAAGUAUUCAUCUACUUCCCUUAACUGAAAAUGAUAA